UGGACGUUUGGACCAGACCAGUACAGGGUCUUAUCAGUACUAUGUUUUUGCCCGCCCAUCAUGCUACCAACGAGGCUUUGGGGAAACGAGAACUCUCCAACCAGGCCAGGACUUUUGUUGUUGUUGGAAUUGCUACCGGAGGCAUCUUCACUAUACUCAUAAUCACAUACUUUCUCACCAUCAAGUAUCGCGCACCGUCCGCCAACGCCCGCAAAGCCCAACAAGAACAAAAAGACAAGCUACCUUCGGUUUUCUCGUGGAAGAACUUCCGCAAGCGCCCGCGCCGAAAUGAAUACUCGACCAGUUUGCAGGAUACCGAGUACCGCGGAAGUGCCAGUAGAGCAAGCGGUGAGAUGAGCGGCGCAGCAACAGGAGAUCCUGAGAGGCACAUUGGCAGCACCAACGCGAAUGGCGUUGACCGGAAUACCUCAAUUCGCAGUGUUAUGACGCUCCCCGCAUACUCUUCCGCCGCAAGGGAAAACGAGAGGGUGCUGGCACGAGAGGGCGAACGGGCAGGCAUGGACAACGUCAUUGAACUCCCAGAAACACAAGACGAAGAAGAAAUGCAGCGAGAGCAGGAGAUGGAGUCUUUGUACCAAAUCCGACUGGCACGGCGAGUCGAAGCAGCGGAACGAGAAGCACGCCGACAAGCGCGGAGAGAGGCACGGGCACGAGGCGACGUCCAGGCGCUUGCAGACAUUCGACGAAGAGCAGAAGAGGCAGCAGAUCUGUCCGUAUCACAAAUGCUCAUUGCAGAGCAUCAAGCCAGAGCACGAAGCCGUGAGCAACGAGUCUCGUCUGUAGCCUAUGGUGAUCUCGGUGUUGCAAGGCACGAUGGCACUCGUCUACGCGCAAACUCUUCAGAGAGCGACCAUCGUCCCCUACUUGACUCGGCCGCCUCCUUCGCUAGUGGAGGCGGUCGGUCUCGUGGUUACACUAACGAUACCCACCAACGCGGCCUCUCCGUAACCUCCCUCGCUCAAUCUGUCGAGUCCCACGGAUCGGACGACUACGACUUUGCCGAUGCUUCCCGUACCAGCUCGCACUCACAUUCGAACGGCAAUAGCGAAGGCUUCGAGGUGAUAUCUCUGAAUCCAGAAACAAGUCGCAGCGGAAGCAGCGCACCGUCGCCGCAUGUAGAUAUUCCAACAGAAGAAGCCCCUGCAUACGAAGACCCGCCAAACUACGAAAGCCCGAUCAAUACCAGAGCCCCGCAAUUACCGGCUCUAAAUCUGGACCUAGAACGACUCCCCAGCAUACAGAUUACUACAGAGCCAACCCCCGUGGAUGGGCGGGCGCCAUCCCCACUGCGAUGAUGAUGAUUCUCCUAAGUAAAACUUUGAUUUCCCCUAAACAAAAUCGUCUUUUGGGGCUAUUUUAUACUGGACCUAGAUGGCUCUUGCAGCUUCUCAGUCUUUUCCAACCUUGCUCGAAAGAGUUAUUCGUUCAUUUUGCUCCUAGAUUCACCCAUCCAACGAUUAUACGAAGGCAUUUGCUGUUAGAGACGCAUUUUACUCCAAAGCUUUUUACACAUAUUUGGUUACAUAAUCUGUUUUAUUUUUCAUCUGCGCCGUAUGAAAGCGUGUAUACCUGGCAGAGAACAGGCGGUCCAAGUUGUGAGGGAAAAGGUUGCUUGGUCUAGUGGAUGAAUAUUUUGUUUCUUGGUUUUGCUAUAAGGCAUCACUGAGAUUUGAUAGUAAAUAGUAACUACAUAUCAUAAAUGAUUCUCAAAAAU